AUGAAGUUCACCUCGCUGUUGCCGGUGCUGGCGGCCCUCGUGGCCCCAGUAGUCGUCUGCGCCGACGACACGUCGGAUCCCGUCGCCCCCUUCGAGAUGCUGUACUACUGGACCGUCUACGAUCUCGACGUCGCCGUCUGGGGCGUGCACAACGGCUACAUUGCCACCAACUGCCUCGGGAGCGGCAAGGGCAAGCGCUGCAACUUCAACGAAUUCGUCAACUUCAUCGUCCUCGGGGACGCCAGCGACAAGCCGUCGUACUACGACAUGUCGUCCGACUACGCCAUGGCGCCGGGCGACGUCAUGGUCAUUGUCGGCACGCUCGAGGACAAGCUGAAGACGCCCGCCGCCGCGUUCGACAGGCUCGUGCGCGGCCGGCGCUCCGCCGUGGGCGUGUGGAACGACCUGGGCUUCGCCGUGGACAAGGGCUCCGUCGAGGGCGCGGCAAAGGACAUUGGCGUCGACCGCCUGCUCAAGAACGCCCGCACGGUCCUGGGCGCCGUGUCCGAGGUGCGCGCGUCGAUCCUCCACUCCAACAUCCGGGCGCAGCUCGUGGCCCGCGUCAAGGACGUCGUGUGGCAGACGGUCCAGCGAGAGUCCGCGUUCGUCGGCAAGCCAUGGCAGGAGAUUGAGUGGGAGAAGACGGUAGAAAAGUAUCCCGACAUGAAGGACCCCAAUAGCAGGCUGUUCAAGGAGGUGACGGAGGCCCUGGACAAGUUCUACCAAGACAAGACGAACGCCAAGGACUUGACCAUUAAGCAGAAGGUGGAGAGGAGCAUUGCGAGCUGCUUUAAGUGA